ACAUGUGGUUGGAAGGCUAUUUUUUUGUGCUCAUACUGUUUCUCUGGAACCAGGAACAAUGUCCUGAACUUCCAAACCAAAUUUUGGAAGGGGGAGUCAGAGACUCUUUUGGCGUUGUUAAACUCAUAGGAGGUUAAUCAUUUUAGGACAUUAUAAAAAGAUUUUAUUGUUUUGUAAGUUAUUUGGAGGCAGUAUAAAAGAUCUUUUUUUUUGUAGAUAAUCUGUCCAUGAGAACUGAGAGCCUAUCUUACUCCAUCCAGAAUGAAAUUCAGUGGAAUGCAAGGACUUGCAAAUUUAGCCUCUGAAGAAGGAAGGGCAAGGAGAGAAUAAAAGACUGAGCUAUGAUAGCAACUGGUGGGGUGAUAACUGGCCUGGCUGCCUUGAAAAGGCAGGACUCUGCCAGAUCCCAGCAUCAUGUCAACCUCAGCCCAUCACCUGCAGCCCAGGAGAAGAAACCUGUCAGGCGUCGACCUCGGGCCGAUGUUGUGGUGGUUCGAGGCAAAAUCCGGCUUUAUUCCCCAUCUGGCUUUUUCCUCAUUUUAGGAGUUCUUAUCUCCAUUGUAGGAAUUGCAAUGGCAGUCCUUGGAUAUUGGCCCCAAAAAGAACAUUUUAUUGAUGCCGAGACAACAUUGUCAACAAACGAAACUCAGGUCAUCCGGAACCAAGGUGGUGUGGUGGUUCGCUUCUUUGAGCAGCAUUUGCAUUCGGAUAAAAUGAAAAUGCUUGGCCCUUUCACAAUGGGGAUUGGCAUUUUCAUUUUCAUUUGCGCUAACGCCAUUCUUCAUGAGAACCGUGAUAGAGAAACCAAAAUCAUACACAUGAGGGAUAUCUACUCCACAGUCAUCGACAUCCACACGCUAAGAAUCAAGGAGCAAAAGCAUAUGAAUGGCAUCUACACUGGUUUAAUGGGAGAAACAGAAGUAAAACAGAAUGGGAACUCCUGUGCUUCCAGACUGGCAGCAAAUACCGUUGCUUCUUUCCCAGGUUUUAGGAGCAAUUUUCGGAUGGACAGCUCUGUUGAGGAGGAUGAGCUGCUUGUGCUAAAGGAAAGUAAGAGUUGUGGGCAUCUUAGGCCACCUUUGCUCUCUGACAGCUCUGCCUCUGUUUGUGGCCUCUAUCCACCUCCUUCCAAGACAAGUGAUGAGAAGACCAGUGGCCCUAAGAAAUGUGAAACCAAAUCAAUUGUGUCAUCCUCCAUCAGUGCUUUUACACUACCUGUGAUCAAACUAAAUAACUGUGUUAUUGAUGAGCCUAGUAUAGAUAACAUCACUGAGGAUGCUGAUAACCUCAAAAGUAGGUCAAGGAAUUUGUCAAUGGACUCCCUUGUGGUCCCUUUGCCCAAUGCCAGUCAGUCUUUCCAGCCAGUCAGUAUGAUGCUCCCAAGGAAUAAUUCCAUUGGGGAGUCAUUGGCAAGUCAGUACAAGUCCUCUGUGGCCCUUGGACCUGGGGCUGGACAGCUCUUGUCUCCUGGGGCUGCUAGAAGACAGUUUGGGUCCAACACAUCCUUGCAUUUGCUCUCAUCACACUCAAAAUCCUUAGACUUAGACAGGGGUCACUCCACCCUAACUGUUCAGGCAGAGCAACGGAAACAUCCAAGUUGGCCUCGGUUGGAUCGAAGCAACAGCAAAGGAUAUAUGAAACUGGAGAACAAAGAGGACCCGAUGGAGAGGUUGCUUGUGCCCCAAGCUGCAAUCAAGAAAGACUUUACCAAUAAGGAGAAACUUCUUAUGAUUUCAAGAUCUCACAAUAAUUUGAGUUUUGAACAUGAUGAGUUUUUGAGUAACAACUUGAAGCGGGGAACUUCUGAAACAAGGUUUUAAUGUUAAAAUAUAUAUAUAUUAUUUUAAAAGGCUAUCUACUUUGAACCUAUUUCCCCCAGCAUUUCCUUGUUAAAGCAUUGGUUAUAAGCCUUUUUAAUCAAAUGGUUUGUAGUGUAUUAUUAGACCUGGCUGCUUAAUUCUGUAAUGGGGGUGGCUAUAUGUUUGGAUUACUUAUGAUUACAGUACUCUAUAUUAUUACAUAUGAUUUUAUUUUUCCUAUUCCUUUGAAAGCAUGAUCUCUUUUAUUAGUAUGAAUACAAAAUACUUCCAUCCAAAUUAAAGUUUCUUUUCUUUACUUUAAAGUUCUUGCGUCAAUGAUCAUAUUCAUAGAGCAGAGUGUCCAGUUUGGAAAAGGCAGGGUACGAAAGUGUGGGCCAGAAGUACCAAAUUUAGGCCCCAGAUUCAAUGUAUAUUUAUAAAUGAGUAUGAAUGCAAAUCUUAGGUGUGAUUUUCUGAAUAAUUGCUUUUAUACAGGAUUGUUUUAAUUAUUUAAAAGGAAGUUCUAGCUUCUGUGCAAGGUGACAUAUAUGAACUGGUUCAAUUAGUUUAGUUCCUUGUGAACUAAUUUGAUAAGAAUUGCUUAAGUUGAUUGUGACGAGUACCCUGAGCUCUAGAUAGACAGUAUUUUUUUUUCAACAUCAGUUCUAUUUUAUUGAUAAUUUAUUAAGAAACCAUUUAUUGAAGAGCCAAGGCUGAGAAUGCCAGAUAGUCUUAGGGGUAGAUAUCAAAAUGCUAUUAGCUAUAACUUUAGAUACUCAGAAUCGAAAUUUCUUUGCAACUGACUUGACAAAUGAAUGAACCAAUUUAGUGUUUAGAAGUGCUACCUUGAAAUAACUAUAUAUAUGAAGAAAAUGUUGAGUAAUGAAUGAAAAUAUAUGCUAGUUAGUGCUAACUAGUCUCAGUACCUUUUCUUAACCACGUCUGUUAUCAUCCAAUAUCCACUCAUUCCCAUAUCCUUGUCUUCCACCAAUAUUUUUUAGAUCCUGUUAUUUGGAAAAUAAUCAGGUAACCUUGACAUUUCUUUUAUCUUCGCAUAUCACUAAGUUGGUGAUUGAAGAAAAUUUAGUCCUUGAUCCAUUGCCUUGAAAUUUACCUUGUGCUGGAAAGCCUUAUGAUAACUCCAAAGACUUUCUUAUGGUGUAAUAAAUGUAUAGGAUUGUGGUUCUCGGUUAUUGAAGAUAAUAAAUAUUAAAGUGGAUUUUUCCAUCAGAAAAUUUUCAUGUUUUCCGUUAAGGUAACAUAAUUUUUAAAAAUAGUUUAAUGGAAUACUCAGGAAAUUUUACAGGUUUUUCCCAAUGCCUAAAUGUUUCUGAACAUCAGAGUUGCAGUUGUUGGGAGAGAAGAAGGAAGAUAGCUCUGUAUUUGUAGCUUCCCCCAAUUCUACCUUGUAUUAGCAUCACGAGCUUCCCUGAACUGAGGCACAGUGUUUCUUGUUAGAACAUCAAGCCUGUGUGUUGUAACAGAGUGGGCUUAAUAUUUUACCAUAAAGCAUUUAAUAAACCUCCAGUGAAUACCAGU